AGGAGACGGGAUUGGGGGGGGGGGCAGGGCGUGAGCGGGAUCGGGGCUCGGGGUCGCCCGCCCAGGGCCGCCAGCCCCCCGUGCCCCCUUCCCCGUCGCGGAGGGACGGUGGCUGGGGGCCGCCGGCCGGGCUGGUGGUGUCCGCGGCGAGGGGGCCGCGGAGGCGCCCCGCUGCGCCCCGCGCGCCCGGGGCCCCCGCCCCACACCGCUGGGUGACCAUGGCUUGGGCGCUGAAGCUGCCGCUGGCGGACGAGGUGAUCGAGUCUGGCCUGGUGCAGGAUUUCGAUGCCAGCCUGUCGGGCAUCGGCCAAGAGCUGGGCGCUGGGGCCUACAGCAUGAGCGACGUCCUUGCCCUGCCCAUCUUCAAACAGGAAGAAUCGAGUUUGCCUCCGGAAAAUGAGAACAAAAUUCUGCCCUUCCAGUACGUGCUGUGCGCAGCCACUUCCCCUGCAGUGAAGCUCCACGAUGAAACGCUCACCUAUCUCAACCAAGGGCAAUCGUACGAAAUCCGGAUGUUGGACAACAGGAAAAUCGGGGAGUUGCCGGAGAUAAAUGGGAAACUGGUAAAGAGCAUAUUCCGGGUGGUGUUUCACGACCGGCGGCUGCAGUACACGGAGCAUCAGCAGCUGGAGGGCUGGAGGUGGAACAGGCCUGGAGACAGGAUACUGGAUAUAGAUAUCCCAAUGUCCGUGGGGAUCAUUGAUCCUAGGGCAAAUCCAACCCAGCUCAAUACAGUGGAGUUUCUGUGGGAUCCUUCAAAGAGAACUUCAGUGUUUAUCCAGGUUCACUGCAUCAGCACGGAGUUCACCAUGCGGAAGCAUGGAGGAGAGAAGGGAGUGCCCUUUCGGGUCCAGAUAGACACCUUUAAGGAGAAUGAAAACGGGGAGUACACAGAGCACCUGCAUUCUGCCAGCUGCCAGAUCAAGGUCUUCAAGCCCAAAGGAGCUGAUAGGAAACAGAAGACGGAUAGAGAAAAGAUGGAGAAGCGAACACCUCAUGAGAAAGAGAAAUACCAGCCUUCCUACGAAACCACGAUACUCACAGAGUGUUCUCCCUGGCCAGAGAUAACAUAUGUCAAUAAUGCACCAUCCCCUGGCUUCAACAGCUCCCACAGCAGUUUUUCCAUUGGUGAAGGAAAUGGCUCCCCAAACCAUCAGCCCGAACCACCCCCUCCGAUCGCAGAUAACCUCUUGCCAACAAGCACACCCCAGGAGGCCCAGCAGUGGCUGCACCGAAACCGCUUCUCCACUUUUUCACGGCUUUUCACAAACUUCUCAGGUGCAGAUUUACUGAAGCUGACCAGAGAAGAUGUUAUCCAGAUCUGUGGCCCUGCAGAUGGCAUCAGGCUCUUCAAUGCUUUAAAAGGACGGAUGGUGCGGCCCAGACUGACUAUCUACGUGUGUCAGGAGUCCCAGCAGCUGAGGGACCUCCAGCAGCAGAAACACGAGGAUGGGGACACGGCCAGCAGUACUUUCUUUGUGUACCACGCUAUUUAUCUGGAGGAGCUGACAGCGGUGGAACUGACAGAGAAAUUAGCCCAGCUCUUCAGUAUCUCUUCUCGACAGAUCAGCCAGAUUUACAAACAAGGUCCAACAGGGAUACACGUGCUGAUCAGCGAUGAGAUGAUACAGAACUUCCAAGAUGAAUCAUGUUUUGUUCUGGACACCAUGAAAGCUGAAACCAAUGAUAGCUACCACAUCAUCUUAAAAUAGGAGGGGACAGGAUGAGGAACGUGCGUGGUACCCUCGUCACACACAACGACCCUUCACUUACAGCACAAGGACACAAGCAGAGAUCUGGAAAUUGCUGGGCACCUUCUCGAAAGACCCUCAUCUGUUGGUUACUCUGCUGGACUUUCUCACAGGCAACCUCCUUGCUCUUACGGCAUGCAAACUGCCAUCGACAGCAGCGUGCUGCGGAACUGCUGGAGCUGUGAGGCUGAAGUUACCAGGUCGCACUCUCACAUAGCUAUCGAUAGAAAUUUGCCAUUGGGACAUAAGACCUGUGUAAGGGCUUUUCUGUGGCAAACGUGCUCUGCUUUUCUGAGAGGCAUCGGCUCCCAUGACACUCAGACUCACGAGUGAACAUUGAUUAAACUGGCCCAACAAACACUUCCUGGCGAUUGCUGAGCUGAGCAGGUCUCAAACGUGCUGCGUACUGCGCUGAUGGAGUGGUAGGCUAGGGCUGGGUGGGAUUUUUUUAUUAUUAUUAUUUUUUAAGCUUUCCUUUAAUACUACAAUGCAUCUGUCAGACAAAGGUGGUGACUUUGUUUUCUCCUCUCCGCCCACCCUGAAAGCGGUGUUGACUUUGUGCAUGGGUGUGGUUGUGGCGCCAUCCUUCCCUCGCGAGUACUAAGGUUGUCAGGAACUUUAUAUACAGAUUUAGUUUGUACGGAUGCAUACGGUUGGAGCAAAAUGUGGAGUGAAGCAAAGUGAAAUUGGAUAAAGAAAUAGCUAACUA